CUUUAUCUAAAAAAACUUGUGCAACCAUUUUUUGGGGGGGAAAAGCUUUCCAUGGAGGCAUAUAUGCGACUUGGUUUAUAUUGGCUUGUAUUAUGGGAUUCCUUUUGGGUCACUGCAAGAACCCCAAACACAAAGGCAGGUUUGGCAGAAGAGACAAUCCAAGGUACAUAUAGACCACCAAUGCCAACAGAGUUACCAACAGAAGCUGACCGAUGCAGAGGAUACUAUGAUGUGAUGGGUCAGUGGGACCCUCCAUUUAAUUGCAACGCCAGCAGUUAUUUGUACUGCUGUGGUACAUGUGGAUACCGCUUCUGCUGUCAGUUCAAGCACGGGAGGUUGGACCAAAGCAUGUGUUCAAACUAUGACACCCCAAAUUGGGCAAACCCUGGUAAACCACCUGCCCGAGGAGAUGAGUCAGGUGAAGACCCCAGCAAGGACAAGACCAACAUGAUUGUGUACAUUAUUUGUGGCGUGGCUGCACUGAUGGUAUUGAUUGGGAUCUUCACUAAACUGGCUGUGGAGAAGACUCAGAGGCCACCAACUGAAAUGAAUGUGUCUAGGUAA